UUUGCCAUUCUUGCUGGGUGGAUAAGCAUAAGUGUCAGGUCCUUGCUUCCUAUCUACACCGACAUCAACUCUUACAAGGUCAAUAGUGAAUCAGUGAUAAAACGUUGGUGGGUAUUUGUGGACAGGGGAAGAAGGAAAGGAAGGAGGAGAGAGAGAGAGAGAGCGGCAGAAGGAGGAGAGAGAGAGAGAGUGGAAGAUUCUAUUUUACUGGUUGUUUUGGCGCCACUGUUCUGUUGUCUGUUGUUUAGUGCUAUCUUCAUCUGUUAUUGUGAUUUAGAUGCUCAUAACAGUGUGCUGUCGAAUUCGUCAAGUGGUUUGGAUUCAGUUAUGGCUCCGAAGACCCGGGCGACAAGGAAAAAAAGGUUCUUAGAAGGAGAUUGCAGUGCUGCUAAUUUAUACUGUGCUGAAAGUCAUGAUAAAAGUUUAUCAACUCGGGGAGAUAUGCGAGAAAUGAGCAAUGAUCAAACUUUUGUUGCCUCUAUAGCUGAAAGCCCUUUUUCUCAUGAAGACAGAACAAUGGUGCAGCCAACAACAAAAAGAAAACGGGUUUUGAAAAAUGUAGGCAGAUUGGGACAUGACGACAAACAAGUUAGAAAUAAUCAACAAAAUGUUAAUAUAGCUGCAAACCAAGGUGUUACUGGAAAUCAAGAUUUGUUUGCUGCUAUAAAUUCAGACAAUGACACUACAAGUGCAAUGGUCGAGGGCUCAUCUACUUUCGGUCAGGCGUUGUAUCAAAGAAGCAAACAAGAAUCGAAUCUAAGCUAUAAGGAUUUGGGUGACAAUGUUUUCACAUGUAAUCAUUGCAGCGCAUGUUUUUGGUCAGAAGAAGCAAACAAACAACUGUCUAAAAAGCAACAUCUCAUUUAUACCAAUUGUUGCAAAUGGACAAGUUAAACUUCAACAAUCCAAUCCAGCACCAAGUUUUCUUCAGAAAAUUUUAGAUCCACAAAAUGUUCCAGAAAGUACAUUAUUUAGACAGAAUAUUAGAGUUUAUAAUUCAAUGUUCUCUUUUACAUCAA